GCGUGCCGGCGCUUUCUUCAUUUCUGGGAAACCAUGGACAAGAAGCAAGAUUCCAAAGGAUUGGAGCCACACAAACCGGUGAAAAGCAGGAAGAAAGGGGAACUGAGGAUAACAUGUCCCCCCAUCAAACAGCCUGUUGCCAACACAACGCCCCCGAGGAACUUGGACUCCAGAGCAUUCAUUACCAUCGGAGAUAAAAACUUUGAGGUGGAAGCCGAUGACCUGGUGGCAAUUUCAGAGCUGGGCCGUGGCGCCUAUGGUGUGGUGGAGAAGGUGCGGCACACGCAGAGCGGCACCAUCAUGGCUGUGAAGAGGAUUCGAGCAACUGUAAACACUCAGGAGCAGAAGAGGUUAUUGAUGGACUUGGACAUCUCCAUGAGGACAGUUGACUGCUUCUACACCGUCACCUUCUAUGGAGCCCUCUUCCGUGAGGGUGACGUGUGGAUCUGCAUGGAGCUCAUGGACACCUCCCUUGAUAAGUUCUACAAGAAAGUACUGGAGAAGAAGAAAACGAUCCCUGAAGACAUUUUGGGGAAAAUGGCUGUGUCUAUUGUACGAGCUCUGGAGCAUCUGCACAGCAAACUGUCUGUAAUCCAUAGAGACGUGAAACCAUCCAACGUGCUGAUCAACAAGGAGGGACAUGUGAAAAUGUGUGACUUUGGGAUCAGCGGCUACUUGGUGGACUCUGUUGCAAAGACCAUGGAUGCUGGCUGCAAACCUUACAUGGCUCCAGAAAGAAUAAACCCUGAGCUCAACCAGAAGGGCUACAACGUGAAGUCGGAUGUCUGGAGUCUGGGGAUCACAAUGAUCGAGCUGGCCAUUCUCCGCUUCCCGUACGAGUCCUGGGGGACUCCCUUCCAGCAGCUCAAGCAAGUGGUGGAGGAGCCCUCACCCCAGCUGCCUGCUGAUCGCUUCUCCAAGGAGUUUGUGGACUUCACGGCGCAGUGCUUAAGGAAGAACCCUGCUGAGCGAAUGAACUAUUUAGAACUUAUGGAACACCCUUUCUUUACCUUGCACGACACCAAAGAGACUGACAUGGCCUCCUUCGUGACAGAGAUCCUCGGGGAAGACUCCUAA